AACCCGAGCCCGGAAACCCAUCGCCACAGAUUCACCCCCGCCCUUCGCGGCGCACCUAGCCCGCUUGAAUAUAAACUCACACUUCAAACUCCUCCGCGCGACCACUCUCUGGCUACGGUCUGAACUCCAAUUUCUUCAUCUUCUUCCUUGCUGUUAUGAUCUUUAACUUGUUAUGCUUCUACGCUCUUUAGGAGCUGUAAAUCUGCUUUCAGGAAAAGGGAUUGCGCAGUCUGUUGUUUUAGGUUAUUGUAACAAUACUUUUGUUGGCGGUGGAGGCUGUUUCAGAACCAUGAGUGAAGCUGGAAUCGACGGCGUUCCUGGAUCGCAUGUUCAAUCCACGCCGGAAGUCGAGAAAAAGUAUGUUCAUAGUGUUUAUGAUGCAAUUGCUCCGCAUUUCAGCUCAACUAGGUUUGCCAAGUGGCCGAAAGUGUCUGUUUUCUUGAAUUCUUUGCCGAUGGGUUCCCUUGUUUUGGAUGCCGGCUGCGGCAAUGGAAAGUACUUGGGAUUGAACCCCAAUUGCUUCUUCAUUGGGUGUGAUAUUAGUGCUCCGCUUGUGAACAUAUGUGCUGAUGGGGGACACGAGGUUUUAGUUGCAGAUGCUGUUAACCUCCCUUAUAGAUCUGGCUAUGGCGAUGCUGCAAUUUCAAUCGCCGUCUUGCAUCACUUGAGCACGGAAACAAGGAGGAAGAAAGCAGUAGAAGAAUUGGUACGCGUGGUUAAAAGGGGAGGCCUGGUUUUGAUCACGGUUUGGGCUAGGGAACAGGAAGAUGGAUCUUUGGUUAAGAAAUGGACGCCACUUACAGACAAGUAUUUAGAGGAAUGGGUGGCGCCAAGCAGCCCUCAGAUCCGCAGUUCAUCUUCUCGCUCUCUUGAAAGCAUUCCCGAGACUGAGGAAAAUGGGCAUUUGUUUUCUGGAACUGGAAAUGGUUCUUCUGUAGAAGAGCAGCAGGAGUUUUUUGUUCCUUGGCAUUUACCCUAUCACCGAGCUGAAGUGAGUGGUGCUUCUGCUUCUGCCAUUGCGAGUGGACUGGCAAAGAAAGAUGACAAGAAGGGUGCUGUCGUGUAUAACAGAUAUUAUCAUGUUUUUAGUGAAGGUGAACUAGAAAGGCUGGUAUCAGGUUUGGAUAAUGCUGUCAUUGCCGAUAGAUUCUAUGAUAAAUCAAAUUGGUGCAUUGUUCUUGAGAAGACAUCUUAGAGAAUAUAGCUAUGGAACAUUUACAUGGCCAAUCUUUGCUCUAUGGUGGGAAACUCACAAUAAGGUUUGCUUCUGAAUAGACACACACCAACAGCACAAUUCGGCACCGACUUUUUUUCAGGAUGGGUGGUCUAGAAGAAGAAAACUGCCGGUGAGCUGUUACUGAAGAACCCUUUUCUUAUGGGAGACUUCUUUUAUAUCCCAUCCAUUGUGAACUUUUAAAUGUCAAUUACCACUUGGAAUGUGUGUUGUUCAGAUCAUUUGUGUGGCUAUUUUUAGUUCUUUUUUAGUCACUUUUUUUGAAAGGAAAAAUUUACAGACAUUUUGAUUUGUGUAAUUUAUUUUAAUGUGGGCAAGGACGGACGUUCCCGUGUAAUAGAAUGAUAAAUACAGAGUACAUUU